UCAGCCUAGAGGAAGCCUAUAACAGGAGUCUCUGCCCCACCCAAGAUUUGCAAAAAAACCCACCACAACCAAAAACCAGAGAUCCAAUUGGCGUGUUUCUGUUCUGCCCAGGAGGGUGUACCCUUGGAACGUCCCAAAUAAAAGCCCAGAUUUGCAGAGGCUCCAGGCAUAAUCAUCCUCUCUGUCUGCCCUUUAUUCUCCUCUGCGGGUUUCCUGUUGGCUCUCCAGGUCGGAAAUGGCGAGCCCCUUGGAGAAGGCCUUGGACGUCAUGGUGGCGACGUUUCACAACUAUUCCGGCAAAGAAGGCAACAAGUUCAGUCUGAACAAGAACGAAAUGAAGGAGCUUCUUUUGAAGGAACUGCCCGGAUUCAUCGGCAAAAAGAAAGACGAAGCCGCCUUCCAGAAGAUUAUGAGCAACCUGGAUGUCAACAAAGACAACGAGGUGGAUUUCCAGGAAUAUGCCGUUUUCCUCGCCUGCAUCGCCAUGGCGUGCAACGAUUUUUUCCACGGCUGCCCUGAUAAAACACCAAGAACCAAGUGAAACCUUUUUUU